UUCCUGAGUCCAACUCAGUAAGCAAAGCCCGUGGGCCGUGCAAGCCCCUGUUUGCUGGCAAAAUCAAAUACUGUCAACACCGCGUUCUAUACUCUCUCACUCUGCUCUCCAAUUCACUCUCUCUCUCUCAAUGGCUUCUCCCAUGGACGGUAAUCGAGGUUCAUUUGGAUCAAAAAGGUCUCGCAAUGAUGUGUCACGAAAAGAUGGAGACUGGUCUUGCCCUAAUUGUGGGAACUUAAACUUCUCAUUUAGAACUGUUUGCAAUCGGGGACAUUGUGGUGCUCCAAGACCACCUAUAACUCCACCUGCCCAGGUUAUGAGCCCGUAUAACAAUGGUCACCCCCAAUUCUACUAUGGAGGUGUUGUGGCCCCUCCUCCUCUAUAUGGCGUGUCAAGCAGGUUUGGAUCCCCCCUUCCGCAUUCUGGAGUACAGUAUGACUAUGGUCUUUAUCCUAGGCCUCGUGUAUCAUAUAGUCCAAUACCUCCAUUCCUACCUGGAAGUUUUGGAGGUAUUGCUUAUAGUCCGAGGCCUAAAAUCAAUCCCUAUGGAUAUGGCUUUCAAAGUCCUACAUGGGACAUGGGAUUAGUAACCGAUAAUUCAGCAUCUCGGAAACGUCGUGGAGGGCCUGACGGUUUAUCUGAAGGGGACUGGAUCUGCCCAAAGUGUGACAAUGUUAACUUUGCCUUUAGAACCAAUUGCAACAUGAAACACUGUGGAGCUCCCAAACCUGGCAAAAGCCAAGCAAAUACAAGUAUUCCUGAAGGUAGUUGGACCUGUAAAAAAUGUGGGAACCUCAACUAUCCCUUCCGAAGUGUAUGCAACAGGAAAGACUGUGGAAGUGAGAAAACAGCCUCUGCAAAUUAACAUCGCUGCAUCGUGUAUAUACAUCUGCUGUCGUGCUGUCUAAGGGAGAAGUUCUGGAUUUGGAAUAGGGAACUAGAUGCACUCAAGGGAAGAGUUCCCAUGCGGUUAAUUUUGGCCUUAUUGUUGAUGACAACUUAGUUUAUAAUGGUAUUCUAUUUGAAAAAAAUACUGAGAGUUAAAUUAAAUGGGAUCAUACGACAUUUGGAUUUUCAUGCCAAUCACUGUUAGGUUGUUUUGUUGAAUUCAUUCCAUGACAUCUUGCAGUUAUUCUUUUCAAAGUUUUGUCA